UCACCAAGUAUCCAAAACAGUCGCUAGCUUGCUAGCGUCGGCUGUGUGCCCUUCGUGACAUGAAUCGCAAAAGGAGCCACGGAUUUACCGAAUCAAGUUCUUCCUCGACACCACAAAACACGUUCAUCGACAUGGCCGGAUCUACUCCUCGAAGCGAGGAGGAUUUCUCCGAUUACGAGGCCGAUGAAGAGUUGCUGUGCUCGGUGAGCGACAUCACGGAGCAUCUUGGUAGGAACAUCACAGUUGUUCUUGAGACUGCGUUGUCGGAAAUUCGAAAAAUGGUUAGUGUCAGAAUUCGUGUUCUCAAAAUGGAACUUCGAGAGAAAACAGACGAGAUAGAGCUGUUGAAAGCCAGACUAGAGUGCGUGGAGAGGGACGGCAGGGAUGCCUUUCCUGGUUCUAUAACAACAGACCCCGCCACCGCGUCUACCAGAAAAUCAGACAAUUCUGCCUGCAAACGUAUCAACGACCCGAAGAAAGGCAAGCCUGUUGUCACGGGCGUCAAAAAGGAGAAUAUUAACGCGAUAUGCGAUGGCUUGCUGAAGGAUAAAAACUCCCGAAACGGCCCUGAUGACAUCGACCAGAACAAUGCGCCCACGUCGGGCUGCGAUAGGGAGGUUCGUCACGACUCCCAGCAGGAUUCUCUUCACCCAUGGACGGAUAGCGGGAUCAGCGGCGGGGGCCCCGGAGAAGGGGAGGCAGACCCGGCCUCUGAGGACCUCUUCAAUAUGCUGCCAUCGGGCAGUAAACGCAUGUACGAAUAUGAAUGGAUGACAGGGGAGGACUAUCCCGCAGAGAUGAAAGGUUUCGGUGAUGGGAAGUACGAUGGUGACCCCGCCUCCGAAGACAUGAAGGAGGAGCGGGAGGAGGGGGCCAACGACGCCUCGCACGCCCACACACCCGAGUUCUCACUGGACGGCAAGGGCUCGCCCACCGAGGACGAUGAUGCUGCCGAGAGCCCCCUGGAGGACGAUGGAGACCCCUUGGACCCAAAUCAGCAGUUCACAUCCGAGUCCUACAUAUGUUCCUUCUGUGGAACCCUCUGCCCGGACUCGCUGUUCCUGGAGGAGCACCUAAAGGUGAUGCACCACAACGAAACAGCCCACUCGUUGCACCUCAACUCCAGCGGCGGGCCUUCCCACCGGUCAGAGGGAGGUGGCGGCGGCGGUGGCGGUGGUGGCAGUGGCAGUAGCAACAGCAGCGGCAGCGGCAACAUGGACGUCGGCGGCGCGCGGCAGGGGUCAUCGUCAGGUCACGGCGCCACCGGGGGUGUACAUGGCCUUGGAGGAGUCGGCCUUGGCAUCAGUCUCCGGUCUCACGGUGGUGGUGGCGCUGCCGUCGGACCCCGUGAGCGGAAAGUGGACGGAGGCUUUGAGUGUGGCGACUGCGGCCGCCAUUUUAACUACCUGGGAAACCUGCGACAGCACUUGCGCAUUCACACAGGGGAAAAGCCCUUCGUGUGCCCGGAGUGCGGGGAGCGCUUUAGGCACGCGGCCCGCCUCAAGAGCCACCGGCUGGGCCACAGCGGCGCCCAGAGCCCCUUCCCCUGCCCGCAGUGUGGAAAGGGAUUCCCCGUCCUGUCGGGACUCAAGCGGCACCUACGGGUCCACACGGGCGAGAGUCCGUACGCGUGUCCGCAGUGCGGCCGGCGCUUCAAGGAGCUGGGCAACCUGUACACGCACCAGCGUAUCCACAGCGGCGCCACCCCCUACUGCUGCCAGCAGUGCGGACGCAGCUUCCGCCACCUGGGCACCUACAAGAGCCACCGCUGCAUGCCCGGGCACGGCCAUAUGGGCGCCCUGCCACCAGGGGGAGCUCACGAUGCGCUGUCACCACCGCCUCUUCCGCCUAAUGUUGGCGGUGGUGGUGGUGUUGGGGCUGCGUCUGACCUGUUGUGGCCCAGUGGAGGUGGGGGAGGGGGAGGGCACGGACUCCGGGACGGCAGCAGCAGCCCACCCGGACUGGAUCACCAGGAGGGCAAGGGUGGCAAAGGGGGCCAGGCAGGUGGUGACUUCUGAUGGGGUGGUGAGGUGGUGGACACAGGCUAAGCAGUACUGGAUUGGACCGG